UGCCACAGUCGAGGUUUGGUAGAAGGUGCGUGUGUGAGUUUUCUUUAAAACCAUUUAUUUUUCUUUAAACCUCUGAAGUGAUGAAGCAAGUAAACGUGCAACUGUUCCUGCUGAUCAUCCUGGCAUUAGGCAUAACAACCCCAGUGACGGAGGGAUGUAGCUGUGGAGAAGCACAUUUGCAGUGGCAUUUUUGCCAUUCCGAAAUAGUGAUCCGUGCUAAGAUAAUUGGACAGAAGAUUAUAUCUCUGAGGAAAAACUCACAUGGGGAGAAGUUAAUUGAGUACAAAAUUAAAUUAAUCAAGAUGUUCAAGGGCUUUGACAAGGUUGAUUCUAUUCAGUACAUCUACACCUCAAUCCAUGAAUCUUUGUGUGGUGUAAACCUAGAUGCCAAAAACAAGGUUCAAUAUCUGCUUUCAGGAUAUAUGUGGCAUCGAAAGGUCGUAGUUGAACUAUGUGGCAUUGUUGAGCGUUGGGAUAAUCUUGUGUUGGCUCAGAAAAAGAACCUCAAGUACAGAUACCAAAAAGGAUGCGAAUGCAAAAUUUCCUCCUGUUACAAAUCCCGCUGCCAUGCCACUUCUGCAAAUGAAUGUGUAUGGUUUCCGGAGAGCACUCAAACUCUCCAAGGUGUGUGCAUCAAGCGGACAAACAGCACAUGUAACUGGUACAUAGACAAAAUGGUGUGAGAAAGACUUCCAACGUCCUACAGCUCAGAGAAAUCGAACCCAUAGACACGCUCAUGCAGUGAGUGCUGAUUGGGUUUGUAAGCUAGACUACAACCUCUUAAUAAUCCCCACCUGUCAUCCUGACUUAUUUAUAAUGCUGGCUAUGGUAGAUUUUUAUAAAUUGUCUUGAAUGGGGUUUGCAUUCAAGUAUACAGCAAAUUCCCCAGUGUUGAAUUAACAUCCUAUGGUGUUUAUGGACUCAUAUGAACUCAGAAAGUGGUAAACCAAAUGUAUAAAAAAAUUUAUGGAAGGUGAGUUUCAUAAAUGACCCUUCGAGAUGACAGGAGAAUUACCCAUAUAGCAUUUCAAUCAUUAUAUGUGACAGCAGGAGACUUUAAAAAUAUAACUUGGUUCUGUAGGAUAGUUAUUACGUUAACUACUAUGCUACUUUUAAAUUGCUAGAAGCCAGGGUGUACAGUAUAUAAAACAAAAAAUAAAUAAACUGUAUAAAAUAAGAAAAUCAUUAUUCAGUUUCCUUAUACAAUGAAGAUGUACUGUUGGAUUUGAACCAUUAUGCAAAUUAUUUACACUAAUACUAAUUUCUACACGCAUACUUUAGAAAUUGGUAUAAAUAGUAUGGAUCACACACUUCUAAUUAAACAAAAAUAUACAAAGUCAUUAUGCAAAAUUACUUGUUUUUUCACAGAACCUACUUCCUUUAUGAACUACUUAAUAUAAAUCAUUCUUGUGUGAAGCUAUUUGUUAUGUUAAAUAUUUGGAAAGACUUUAUUAUUAUAAUAAUUAUGUAUUAUAAACAUAUUUUUUCUAUACAUGACUAGAUGUCAACUGCACAGUAUAGAUAUUUCCUGUAUUAGUAGUUAUUAUGCAUCUACAUGUAUAUACCAGUUAUAAUGCAUCUAUAUGUAUUGUUUUUCACCUCACUGUAGGAAUAAACGGAAUAAAUACA